UCCCUCCUUAAAUGCCCUCGAUAACGCACUCUCUUCUUUCGGUUUCAAUGAAUUUUCGUGAAAUCAAGAACCGAGGAAAGUUCUUGAAGUUUUCAGUGGCGAUGGAUUCUCGAGAAAUUGUCUCUUCAGAAGCGCGGAAGAAGCUCGAUUGCGCAGACCCGAUCGAGAAAUUAUUUUGGAGCGAAAGCCUGGGAAAUCAUGAACACGGGUCGAAAUGCGAUCUGCGAAAGAGCUUGGCUUGGGAUAGCGCCUUUUUCACCAGUCCUGGAGUGCUGGACGUCGAAGAAUUGUUUUCGUCCUUAAAUCUUCACGAAAACGAAGUGAAGGGAAUGUCCACGAACAAAGGGUUUCCCUCUACGUCGUCGGACGAGAGCAGUGGACGGAGAAGUUUGGCUUGGAAUAGCGCCUUCUUCACAGAUCCAGGUAUUCUAAACGCCGAGGAGCUGUUCUUAGUAAACAGAGGAAUCAGCAAGAGACUUCCAGAAUCAAAGAAACAGCUUUGGAAGUCUGUUGAUUCGAGUUCUUCUACCUCGCAAAGGAGCAGAUAUUCCGUAACGAGCAUCGAGAGCGACUUGUUCAAUGAUCUACGAACUGUGUCAGGCCGAUCAAAUACAGAACAUGAAGAUCUCUCCGCUAGCAAAAAGCGCGACGGCGUCCGGGAAAUCCAGUGUAAGAACGGGUUGCGUUUUGCUUCUGAUGAAGAGUUUUCUGAUUUUGACAGCCAUUGCAAUGUCAUCUUGACAAUUGUGGGCUUUUCAUCAUUCCCCCUUUCAGUUUUGCAGGAUUCAGAUUCAGCUUCUGCACAUAAAAAGUUGAAGCCUUUGCCGCCUACCGGAAGACAGAGGACUAAUCAUGUGCAUAGACUGAAGCGGGUGCUGAAGGAGCCUUCACGUCUCAAUCCCCAACCAAAGAGUGUUGUAUGCAAUGGAGAAUCAAAUCCUUUGCCAUCUCAGAAACCAGACAAGUUCACGUAUGGAUCUGAUGCCACAGUUGCCGUCUCCACGAACCAACUCCCGUCUCCUCUUGAGCAUGCUAAACCUAAAAACGGAGAAACUGGGAGGAAUAUGAGAACACUGGUCAGGAACCGUUGCUCAGACGAACAGACUGGAUCCACGUCUGUCGGAAGAUCGAGACGAGUAGUUGCCUCUAGGCUCACUGCUUCUGACUCAUCCUUCAAGGCUCCUUCGCGUUUCGCCGUGGAUUUGCAGGUUCCUGAGAAGAGAAGCAAAACUCCGACAAAACCUACAACUCCUCUCUCCGAAAUCGCGUUGAAGGAUGUCAGAUCCUCCGGACUCCGGUUGCCAUUGCCGAAGAUCGGUUUCUUCGAUGCGGUAAGUUUCAGCAGAUUCAAUUCCGAUGCUAUUCGUUUUCCAGUUUCCGGCCAUCUUUACGAGAAACACCCAUUGUUGCGACAGGAGAAUGCGGCGAAAGAAAACAGAGAACCAAACAUGAUAUCCAGUUCUGGAUCUGCGAGUAGAAUAAGAUACAGGAAAUCACCUCAAAUGGCUUCACCAGACGGAUACACUUCUCCUCUUGGACGCAGAAAACCUCCGACGCUACUAGCAAACGCAAACGCAAAAUGUCCGAAGACCAAAGGAAGGAGCGAAACGGGAACGAAGAGAACUGACCUGAAAACUCACCGGAGCAGUGACUUGGUUAUAGAGUUCUGGCCGAAGAACUUUAGCGGUUAAUGAUAUUAACGUUUCGGUGGUGUCUAGGGUUUGAAACAGCUUUCUUGCUGAACAAGGCACUGACUACAUUUCCAUUUCUUGUUAGGCAAGGCAUGAUAUAGGUUUAUUGUUUUGUUG